AUGACGACAGACAGCCUCUCGCAGACGCAGCACAAAGCAAAACAGAGGAAGGAAUACAGCAACAGCAACGCCGCGGACCAUCUUCGAGGUGCAAACCGAACAAAGAGCAACCGCCUGCGGAGCCCCCUGCCUGAGGGACGCGGGACGGGGUCCACAGGGGUGCUGGGCCUCCUGCAGCCUGGCGAGUGGGUUGCCGCAGAGACUCGCCCAUUGCCAGGAGUCGGCCUUGGAAAGGGCGCUUCAUCCGAGGAAGAUGACAACAACCAUGAAAAUGCAGCUAUUCACAAAGAGGCAGCAAGAAUCCUCACAGUUAAAGGUUUUUAUGUUGGGUGUUCAGUCUCAGAAUUGAAGUGGCUGAGGUUUCUUGGAAAGGGCGUCUUAUGUCAGUUAGUAAGGUAUCUGGGGACAGGCAAAUCAACAAGCUGGGAAGAUGGUGGCUGGGGAGCCUGGGAUGAAGCAGAAUUACAAGAACCUGAAGAAGAGGAAUCUGCUUCCAGGAACCAGAGAAAUUACUGGCUUCAGGAGUGUGUGUUGUCCUUGUCACCAACAAAUGACCUGAUGGUAAUAGCUAAUGAACAGAAAGCAGUCUUCUUAGUGCCUAAAUGGAAGCACAGUGACAAGGGAAAAGAGGAAAUGCAGUAUGCUGUUGGUUGGAGCGGCUCUCUGAAUGUUGAAGAAGGUGAAUGUGUGAGUAGUGUAUUGUGUAUCCCAUUGGCAAGUCAGAAGAGGAGUUCCACAGGCCGUCCUGACUGGACCUGCAUUGUCGUUGGCUUCACCUCUGGCUAUGUUCGCUUUUACACUGAGAAUGGAGUACUGCUUCUUGCACAGCUUUUAAAUGAAGAUCCUGUCCUACAGCUUAAGUGCAGAACCUAUGAAAUUCCCAGGCAUCCUGGUGUCACAGAACAGAAUGAAGAACUAAGUAUCUUGUACCCAGCAGCAAUUGUGACAAUUGAUGGUUUCAGCCUCUUUCAGUCCCUUCGUGCAUGUCGCAAUCAGGUAGCAAGAGCUGCAGCAUCUGGCAAUGAGAAUGUUCAGCCCCCACCAUUAGCUUAUAAGAAAUGGGGUUUGCAAGAUGUGGAUACAAUCGUUGACCAUGCUAGUAUUGGCCUCAUGACACUGUCUCCUUUUGAUCAAAUGAAGACUGCCUCCAAUAUAGGUGGAUAUAACGCAGCUAUAAAAAACAGCCCACCUGCUAUGUCUCAGUAUGUUACUGUUGGAUCCAAUCCUUUCACUGGUUUCUUUUUUGCCCUGGAGGGUAGCUCACAGCCACUGUUGUCUCAUGUUGCCUUAGCAGUUGCAAGUAAACUGACUUCAGCAUUGUUUAAUGCUGCCAGUGGCUGGCUUGGUUGGAAGAGUAAACAUGAAGAAGAACCCGCCCAAAAACAGAAACCAAAAGUUGAACCUGCAACCCCAUUGGCAGUGAGGUUUGGACUUCCGGAUUCCCGUCGUCAUGGUGAAAGAAUAUGUCUUUCUCCAUGUAACACUUUGGCAGCAAUAACAGAUGAUUUUGGACGGGUUAUUUUACUGGAUGUUACAAGAGGACUUGCAGUUCGCAUGUGGAAAGGAUACCGUGAUGCAGAAGUUGGUUGGAUACAGACUGUAGAGGACCUUCAUGAGAGGGAAACUGAGAAGAUGGAUUUUUCUCCUUUUGGAAAUGCACAAGGUCCAAGCAGAGUGGCUCAGUUCCUUGUGAUCUAUGCUCCGAGGAGAGGCAUUCUGGAAGUAUGGAGCACGCAGCAAGGGCCUCGGGUUGGAGCCUUCAAUGUGGGGAAAUAUUGUCGAUUGUUGUAUCCUGGUUAUAGAAUAAUGGGUCUAAACAAUGUGACCAGUCAGGGAUGGCAGCCCCAGACUUACCAGAUAUGCCUUGUUGAUCCAGUCUCUGGAAGUGUAAAAACUGUCCAUGUACCUUUCCAUUUAGCACUGAGUGAUAAAAAGAGUGAGCGAGCAAAGGAUAUGCAUCUAGUGAAGAAGUUAAACACUUUACUCAAAGCUAAAACCUCAGAUCCGGAUUUGAUUGAAGCUGAAGCAAAGGAAUUAAUACUUGAUAUCAAAUAUCCUGCUACAAAGAAACAGGCUCUGGAAAGUAUAUUGACAAGUGAACGUGUGCCACUUUCAUCUCUCACAAACAUCACUCAGACAUUAAUGGAUAAUUUAAAAAAACAGGAGCUUGAGUGUGUGGAUGAAGGACUACUGCAGUUCUGCGCAAACAAGUUAAAGCUGUUACAUCUUUAUGAACUAGUUAGCAAACUAAAUUCUCAAAGCAUACAGAAAGACACUUCACCUUCAGAUACUGACUUGGCUAAACUGCUUCGGCUGGAAGAAAAAGAUUUCCAUAGGCUCCAGACUUUACUGGAGAACUACAAGAAAGCAAACACCCAAACUACUGUUCAGUUGGCUGAUGAGAAGGAUGACGUAUUGUCUGUGAAAAUGUUCUUAGAGUAUUUGGAAUAUGAAAAGGACGUGAUUAAUGUGAAAAAUAUGGAAGACGGAGAAUAUGUGGCUUUAGGCAGCUUUUUCUUCUGGAAGUGUUUGUGUGGGGAGAGUUCCACAGAGGAAAUGUGCCAUGCAUUGGAAUCAGCAGGUUUUAUCCCUCAAAUCUUGUUGUCACUCCUUCUCAAUUUAUGGCUUUCCAAGGAAAAAGAUAUUCUAGACAAACCAGGUUCCGUCAGUUGCCUUCACACUAUGCUGUCACUUCUGAGCAAAAUGAAAGUUGCUAUAGAUGAGUCAUGGGACACUCAGUCGGUUUCCCCCUGGUGGCAGCAAAUGCGUACAGCUUGUGUUCAGUCUGAAAAUAAUGCAGCUGCCUUGUUAUCGGCUCACGUUGGACAUUCUGUAACUGCGCAGAUAAUUGACAGUGUGACAGAGAAAAAGUUUUCCCAAAUAAUUGUAGGUUCAGACACAGAAUCCUGGGAAGCUCUCUCCCUUGAUACUGAAUAUUGGAAACUUUUGCUGAAACAGCUAGAGGAUUGUCUGAUACUUCAAACACUACUGUAUAGCAAAGUGAGCAAAAGGACAAAAAGAGUUUCAUCACUUCAGACUGAGCCUUUGGGCAGGCUUUCUGUAAAGAAAUUGCUUGAAGCUGGAAAAGGAGGUAUUGCUGAUACUGUAGCAAAGUGGGUUUUUAAGCAAGGCUUCAGUCCUCUUGUACUGAAUUUGACCCAACAGAAACACAAUACAGAUAGUACUGAAGAAUCUGUAGAAAUGCCUACGAGUAUCUUUCUUGAGGAACCAGAAGCAGAUGCAGGCUUGGAAACAAUCCUAGAGCUGCUGCAACUAGCAUAUCAGCAAUUUCCGUGUAGUCUUGAAGUGGAUGUACUCCAUGCACAUUGCUGUUGGGAAUAUGUAGUGCAGUGGAAUAAGGACCCAGAGGAAGCAUGUUUUCUCAUUAGGUCUAUAGAUCAUCUAAGAUGCAUCGUUAAUGCUCACGUUCAGCAUGGUAUUGCUCUGAUGAUGUGGAAUACAUUCAUAGUAAAAAGGCUUUCUUCUGCUGCGUAUCUAAUGGACAAGGUUGGAAAAGCUCCAAAGGACAGAUUAUGCAGAAGGGACGUAGGUAUGGGUGACACAGCAAUGACAGCUUUUCUUGGCUGCUGUUCAGAUCUUCUGCAGACAUUGCUAGAGGCUGACGUUAGUAGCGAUGAAAUGCAGGCCCCUGUCUUAGAUACUGAAGAUGCUUGGGUGUCGGUAGAAGGACCAGUAUCGAUAGUAGAACUAGCCCUUGAGCAGAAACGCAUUCACUACCCACUUGUUGAACACCAGUUUGUGUUAUGUACUAUCUUGUUUGCCAUCAUGAGGUUUUCUCUGAAGAGUGUGAAGCCUCUUUCGCUGUUUGAUAGCAAGGGCAAAAAUGCGUUUUUCAAAGACCUUACUUCAAUUCAGCUGCUACCUAGUGGGGAUAUGGAUCCAAACGUGUUAUCCAUACGACAGCAGUUCUUGGUCAAAGUUGUGAGUGCAGCGGUUCAAACACUAUGUUCAUCACAAAAGGCCAAAGAAGUCUCAGAAGAGGAAUUGUUUCCUUUUGAAAAGGGGAAGAAUUGGCCAACUUUGGCUGUGGACCUGGCUCAGUAUCUUCAGAUCUCUGAGGAUGUCAUCAGAAGGCAUUAUGUCUGUGAGCUGUACAGUUAUGGGAUGGAUCAUCUUGGUGAAGAGGCCUUUCUUCAGGUGACUGACAAAGAAGUUCUUGCGUCGCAGCUGCUGAUACUGGCUGGACAGAGACUGGCCUUCGCUUUACUUCACAUGCAGACAAAGGAGGGUAUGGAACUCCUCGCUAGGCUUCCUCCGACACUAUGUACUUGGCUCAAAGCUAUGGACCCCCAGGAACUUCAAAAUGUAAAAGUGCCAAUUGCAACAACAGCUCAACUAGUUAACAAAGUCAUAGAGCACUUACCGGAGAACCAUGGGCAGUAUGGCCUCGCCUUGAACCUGAUAGAGGCUGUAGAAGCCAUCUCAUCGUGACGUUCUCGGUUAGCACAGUCCCACUGUGUAGCGGUAUAAUGCAUGAUUUUACACAAUGAGGCUGAACUUUACAGAAAGAAACUUUCGCGUGGCUCUUGUUAAACGAUGAAAAGAACAAUGCUCCCCAUCCCCCAGUUUCAGAGGGUAAUUUUAAAUUGGAGUAUAUUUUAAAUUCUGCACUGGUACAAAGACAUCUAGUUUCUAGUACACUUGUCAGUAUCUGAAAUGCUUUGUUAUUUAUUUCUGACUUGAGUGCUUUUGCGGUAGUCUAAAUUGGAUAUGUUUGACGGCAGUUUUAGUCUAUUUACAAAAUCACAUCUUGUGAAAUUCUGUAUUUCAUGCUGGCAGUAACUGCUGUAGUUUCAAUGUUCCACGUAUGAUUUGUUUUACAAAACAAGCUGUAGAAUUACACCCGAGAAAAACUUCAGUCUCUGAAGUUACCGUGUAAAGCCAAUACUGCUUUUUCAGAAGCUAGAGCUGGCGUUGGGCUCAUGCCUUGUAACUGC